AUGGAAAACAACGAAGACACAACUCCUAAUAUAAGGCAUAUGUAUAAUUUUACACAUGAGAAAGCAGGAAUGCAAGGACUUGAUCGAGAGCAGAUUGAUAAAAUAAUUUAUGAGACCUCAAAAAACUCAGAACAUUAUAAGCAUGAACAGCAAAAAACUGAACAGAUUUUGAAGAAAACACAUCAAAUGAAAAUUGAAAUAGAGAAAUAUAAAGAAAUGGGACAUGAGUUUUUAGCUAGAGCAGAAGCUAAUGUAAAUCAUUUGGUGGAAAGUAUUGAAAAAAGCAGGGUUAUGACUGAAACUUGGCUUCAUAUUGAUAUGGAUAUGUUUUAUGCAUCGGUUGAAAUUAGAGAUAACCCUGAACUAGCUGACAAGCCGAUUGCAGUUGGAGGACUUUCUAUGAUUUCUACAGCUAAUUAUAUAGCUAGAAGGUUUGGGGUGCGCAGCGCUAUGCCUGGAUUCAUCGGGCAAAAAUUGUGCCCAGACCUGAUUUUUGUUAAGCACAAUUUUGGCAAAUAUCAAACUGAAGGACAAAAAAUCAGAGAAAUUUUUAAAGAUUACGACCCUGAAUUUGAAAGCAUGGGAUUAGAUGAAGCCUAUUUAUGAAUAACUCCUAUUCUUGAUGCUAGAGGCAUUAAUAAUGAUGAAGGCCGCCAAGUAAUAGCAUCUGAAAUAAGGGCAACAAAUAGAUUAGAUUAUGCUAGGUAAUUAAGGUCCUUACUUCAUACAGAUGGCAUUUUGUGUGGUGCUAGCCGCUAUCCUUCGCUCCGUGCUGGUAUUGCUCCCUUUUUAGAGUCCUUGACUGCCUUGUUAUCUAGCUUGUCUUCCCUUUUUUUCACUCUUAUGGAAAAAUACUCAAUCGCUUCUGCGAUUAGGGGCAGACUAACAAAGCAGCUUGAACAGAUUAUCCCCAUUUCAGGCCUCCGCUGGCUCGGUGCUGCUAUCAAUAAGAAGUCAGAACUAACUGUUCAUUAGAUUAGGCUGCAAGCUAGCGGAUUUAUGCAUAAGUCCUUUGCUGGAGGGCUCCAGAUCUUGCUUUGCCAACUCCUGGCUCUAAAAAGAAAUGUCGGAUAUACAUCGGUAACUACCACAUGUGAGGAUGGGUCGGACAUUAUCGCCAUUUUAUGUAUAUAAAUAAGUGCAAAAAAAUUUAUGAAAAAACUCAACUAACUGCGUCAGCUGGUAUUGCCUGUAAUAAAAUGCUAGCGAAAAUCGCAAGUGACGCCAAUAAGCCUAACGGGCAAUUUUAUCUCCCCCCAGAUAGAGACACAAUAAUAAACUAUCUCCAGAACCAAAACAUCAGAAAAAUCCCCGGCAUUGGUAAAGUCCAAGAAAAGAUACUCAAUGAAUUGGGCGUAAAAACUUGCGCUGACAUUUUAAGACUAAAGCUGGAGCUGAGUUUUGUUUAUAAUGAAUCUUUAAAUUUCUUUAUUAGAGCAGCACUUGGAAUAGGAUCAGUGCACCAUUCAGAUGUAUACGAAGACCAAAAAAGUAUAAGUAUUUCCAGGACUUUUAAAGCCACUAAUGAUAUGUCGUUUAUUGAUUCAAAAUUAAGGGAUUUUUGUGAAUCAAUUUCAGAAGAAUUAAUUGAAAAAGAUGCAGAAUGUAAAACAGUUUCUGUGUUUGUGAAAACAUAUAAGUUUGAAAAUACAAAUAAAUCUGAGACUUCAAAAAGGUUUAUUCACAAAAUAGAUGACAUUUAUAAUAUUGCUGCAAGACUUCUCGCAACAAUAAAACCAUUUGAGCCGAUCCGGUUGCUUGGACUCCGGGCUUCUAAUUUAGAAUUCAGCCGAAGCAAACGAAAAUCCAUUGACAGCUACUGAAAAAUCCAAGAAUUUACCGCCCCAGAAAUCUCCCCAGUCUCCACAAGUGAAAAGGAAGAGCCAAAAACGGACGAAUCAAAAGAAGAAUUUAAAGAAAUAAUGAAAGGAAUUAAAUUAAUCCGCCAACAAUGCCCUAAAUGCCAAGAAUGGUUCACCAUGAGUGAAUACCGCAUGGAAAUCCACAUAGGCGAAUGCUCUCCAGAGAAUUUCUCAUUAAAGCGAAAAAUCCCAGUCCAGCAGACAACAAAGAAAAAACUGAAAACAAACAAUGGUGUAACUCUUGAUAAAUUUUUUAGUAAGACUUAG